AUGCGGCCCUCUAGUGCUGCAUGGAUUUUCCUGCUGUUGUGCCUCGCGAAUUACACAUGUUACACCUACCACGUCGGUAGGAAUGACCUGUACGUGGGCAGGAUCCCCCACCGAAUGACAAGGCUGAAUUACGAAAAUGGGAAACCUCAGAUUGACGCCGGCGUUGUGAAUUACUUCAAGCAAAUUCGGGAGGAAUUCCCCUUCUUCAAGAGGGAAAACUGCCCUGCGUACUUCGACAGUGCGGCCACGACGCAGAAGCCGGCCUGCGUGAUAGAGAAAUUGGCCCAGUUUUACUCCAGGGAAAAUGCUAACAUCCACAGGGGGAUUUACAAAAUGAGCCUGGACGCUACGAAUAGUUACGAACAAGUGAGGAAGAAGAUAAAGAACUACAUCAACUGCGGAAGGGAGGAUGAAAUUAUAUUCACGAGCGGCACGACGCACGGGCUGAACCUCAUCUGCAACAUGUUGAUGGACCGAGUAAUCCAAAAGAGGGAGGACGAAAUAUACCUGACCUAUCUGGAGCACCACUCCAAUAUAGUUCCCUGGCAGGAACAAGUGAAGAGAAGAAAGAAAGGAAAAAUCAAAUACAUCCCUUUAAAGAAUGACGGCUACAUUAAUAUUAGGAAGUUGCGAAAAAGGAUUAACAAGAACACCAGAGUAAUUUCAAUAAGUCACGUAUCCAAUGUGUUAGGGAAUGUUCAAAAAUUAUCUGCAAUUAUAAGAGAAGUGAGAGAGGUAAAUAAAGAUAUAAUUGUCAUUGUAGAUGCUGCGCAAAGUUUUGCACACAUAAAAUAUGACCUUAAACGAAUGGAAGAAAAUAACUCUUGUCCGGAUGUGUUGAUCGCAUCGGGACAUAAAUUUUGUGCACCUUUGGGCUGUGGUUUUAUUUACAUAAAAAACACCUUAACAUGUUCAUACAAAUUUAAACCCCUUUUGUACGGAAGUAACAUGAUAACAACUGUUGGUAAAUAUAAAUCAGAGUUUGUGUCCUCUCCGCAUCUCUUCGAGACUGGUACACAGAACAUCGCGGGGGUAAUUUCUAUGGGGGUCGCCCUUGACUUCUUGGAGAAGAUCGAUAAGAACCUUCUGUGCCGAUACGAGAUGUACCUGUACGAUGUUCUCAUUUAUUAUUUGACUAAACAUUUGCAGCGGGGCUUGGUGCAGCUCCCGGGGGGGGUAAAGGGGGACAUGAUGAAUGAGAAGGAGGAUACGACUCUUGGCAGAAGCUCCGAGAAUGAUCAGUGCAGACUGUACAUCCACAACAGCCGAAUGGUCAAAGGAAAAAAAGUGCCUAUACUUCCCCUUUGGUCAGACCAGUUCACCUCAUAUGACCUAGUGACCUUCCUGGAUUUCAAGAAUGUUUGCAUCCGAUCUGGUCACCACUGCGCCUCCCUACUAUUGAAGGAAUUCUUGCGCAUACCAGACUGCGCACGCGUUUCGCUUUUUUUUUACAAUACCCCCGAGGAGGUUGAGUACUUGGCUGAGCAGAUCGCGUCCGUUGCGCGAAUGCUAAGUGGAAUGAGGAGGGGGGGGUACGACGUAGAAGGGGAAGGUUCGACAUGGAGGUAG